AUGACUUCAACUGGCCGCUUACGUACGAUGCGAUGUGAGUUGGGUUACGUACGUCGAGCCGAUGGCUCCUGCUCCUACUCGCAAGGCAGAACUUCACUUUGGGCAAGUUGCUCGGGACCAGGUGACAUUCAUAUUGCUCGUCGUGAAGAUGAACAAAUGCACCUCGAUGUGAGUUUCCGCCAACUCACAGGAGAUUGUCAAUAUCAUCAGUUGAACAACAUAAUCCAAUCGACACUGGAAUCAGUACUGGAUUUGAAAAUGUUCCCAAGAACAGGAUUAACGCUGAACAACAUAAUCCAAUCGACACUGGAAUCAGUACUGGAUUUGAAAAUGUUCCCAAGAACAGGAUUAACGGUAACGGUGCACUUGCUCCAAGCCGAUGGAAGUGUUGGAGGAGCUGCACUUACUGCUGUUGGAUUAGCAGUAUUGGAUAAUGGAAUAUCAAUCAGAGCUCCUUUCUGCGGCGUAGAAGUGUGCCAAGUGGAUGGUAAAUUGGUGUUGGAUGCAGAUGCCAGAACACAAGCGAGAGCGCAAGCCACUUGGCUGUUUGCUUUCAUUAGGAAGGCUGAUGGUGAUGCUGAAAUGGUGGCUUCUGACUCUUUUGGCCCAUUCAAGAUGGACACAUUCGCGUCAGCACUGAGUUUAGCACGAAUGGGAGCACAGCAGAUAUUCUCCUUCUACAAGGAAAUGAUGGAAAGAAAACUAAGCGUCGACGUCUUCCCGAAAUCGGAAUAG